GACAAUAGCUGCUGAAAAUGGGCCCUAUCGGUGCUGAGGCUGAUGAGAACCAGACAGUGGAAGAAGUGAAGGCAGAGCCCUAUGGGUCCGAGCAAAGUACUCCUAGAGGUGAGCUGCCCGCUGUCCCUGAGCCACAGCUUAUAGACAGCACCAAGCUGACUGAGGUCCGGGUUAUUCUCAUAUUGGCUUAUUGCACCAUCAUCUUGCUCGGUGUCAUUGGCAACUCACUGGUGAUCCACGUGGUGAUCAAGUUCAAGAGCAUGCGCACAGUAACCAACUUUUUCAUUGCCAAUCUGGCUGUGGCUGAUCUCCUAGUGAAUACUCUCUGCUUGCCAUUCACUCUUACCUACACCUUAAUGGGUCAGUGGACAAUGGGUCUUGUCCUAUGCCACCUGGUUCCCUAUGCCCAAGCCCUAGCAGUCCAAGUGUCCACAAUCACCUUGACGGUCAUUGCCUUGGACCGGCAUCGUUGCAUUGUCUACCACCUGGAGAGCAGGAUCUCCAAACGAAUCAGCUUUUUGAUUAUUGGCCUGGCAUGGGCCAUCAGUGCACUGCUAGCAAGUCCCCUGGCCAUCUUCCGAGAGUAUUCACUGAUUGAGAUUGUCACUGACUUUAAGAUCAUGGCCUGUACUGAGAAGUGGCCUGGGGAAGAGAAGGGUAUCUAUGGCACCAUCUACAGCCUUUCCUCCUUGCUACUCCUCUACGUUUUACCACUGGUCAUCAUCUCGUUUUCCUACACUCGAAUCUGGAGUAAGCUUAAGAACCACAUCAGUCCUGGAGGAGCUGGUGACCACUACCAUCAGCGCAGGCAGAAAACCACCAAAAUGCUGGUGUGUGUCGUGGUGGUAUUUGCGGUCAGCUGGCUGCCCCUUCAUGCCUUCCAACUUGCUGUUGACAUUGACAGCCAAGUCCUGGACCUGAAGGAGUACAAACUCAUCUUCACCGUGUUCCACAUCAUCGCGAUGUGCUCCACCUUUGUCAACCCCCUCCUCUAUGGCUGGAUGAACAGCAACUACAGGAAGGCUUUCCUGUCAGCCUUCCGCUGUGAGCAGAGGUUGGACGCCAUCCACUCUGAGGUGUCAGUGACAUUCAAGACCAAAAAGAACCUGGAAGUCAAGAAGAACAGUGGCCCCACAGAUUCUUUUGCAGGGGCCACAAAUGUCUAAGGAAGCGGCUGUGCGCAUGUAUGUGGAAGAUUUUUGAGCAGAGCAAUAUCUCUGGAUGAGAAGCAUGCAGGAGCAUCCCGAUUGCCCAGUCCAGGAAGAUCUGAGUGGAAGCAUCUGUGCUGUAGGUCACAGAGAACUACGGGGUGACAGAGCUUUGAUAAAUGCACUCAUGUUCAAAGACAGAGUACUAAGAA